AUGCCCGACGUAAAGCAUUACGAUAACAUGCUAUUUAACUAUGAAACUACAAACCGAACAGAUUUCCAAGAUCCAACAUUACUAGAUUGUCCGCGGACAGUGUAUAAAGGCAGAGGUUCCCGUAGGAAGCAUCCUUAUAAACCCUUAAAGGAUUUCAAUACUGUAACAGAUCUCAAAUCACGUAAUUUACCAACAGAAUUGUAUGUCAAACCAAAGGAAAUUGUUAAAACAGAUCCUCAUUCGAUUCAAGAACCACACAAAAACGUUCCCGAUGAAGGUCUUGCUCAUGCGCAAGCGACGCGUCCCCGCCUCGUUAUGACCCCAGCGCUUAGCAUGGAUGACAUUGAAGACCCCAGUAUCCGUGGAUUAUUGCUGACAGAUGUGUAUAAGACGACUCUGAACGCCAUGCAAGAUGAAAUUUUGUCAUCGCCUGCUAGUUACCGAGCCCCACUCAACGGAAAAUAUUCACUAGCCAAUCCGAUAACUUUACAUAAACUGCAACCGCCCAUGGUACCGGCCGAGUGGCGCAUGGACUCUGUUUUUUGGGAAAGCAGACAGUUACGAGGUCAUUGUGACCCAGAUAAAGACUUUUAUCUCUCUAAACCUUGGAAAUGCGACGCUUGCGAUUUCACUUCUUCAAGAAAAUUACAAAGUAAAACGCCCCAGCCAGAACAAUAA